GUGGACGCGCACACCAGUUCUAAAUUUGGCAUUCGUGUUCUCCUUUCAGCCAUCACAGCGCCACCCUUCCCAGUCCGUGCCGUCAGAGCGUGUGACGGAGAACUCUAAUGUCAGUCAGACCUCGACUAUGAAACCUCUGGAGGCCAUCCGGUGCACCCAAGCAGGUUGCCCCUGCGAGUGUUUCGCCCCUGGCAAGCAAAGUCUUCGCUACUGUGAUUCUUGUAACCAUGGAUGGGUCGCCCAUGCUCUGGACAAGCUGGGCACCAAUCACGUAAUCAAUCUGGGUCUCCAGGUGGAGGUGGUCCAGCCAAACAUAGUCUUCGACAUUGCCAGCCUGAUGCUCUACGGCGCUCACGCCACUCCUGUCCGGCUCAAGAUUCUGCUGGACCGACUCUUCUCUGUGCUCCAGCAUGAGGAGGUCCUCCAGGUGCUUCACGGCUUCGGCUGGACCUACGAGGACUAUGCUAGAGGAUAUAUAUUACAGGACAGCUCAGGUCGUGUUCUGGACAAAUGGUGUGUCGCUACACGAGAAGAAGAGAUGGUGGUGCUGCAACAGUUUCUCCGGUUUGGGGAAACGAAAGCCAUCGCCCAGGAGAUCAUUCUCCAAGACACUAAAGAUAGGCACGAGGUUCUUGUCAAACAGAGCACACGAGCCGAGUCAGACAUUAAAAAAUUCAUUGAGCGCAGCAACUUAUCCAUGCAAUCGUACAUCAAGUCGUAUGAAUCCACACGACAGCUGUUCGGAUCCAGACCGGUUCCGUUUAUCCCUCCACCUGGCACCAGAAUAAUGACCACGCCUCUUAUUUCUCCAAGUUAUACGCCGACGCGAGAUUCCAGAAGUCUCACCCUACCUCAGACACCGACCACCUCCUCCACUCCUCUGGUCACUCCACCUGUCAGCAGGAUUCAAAUCAUGCAGCCUUUUGAUGCUCGAAAAGAGCACCCCAGUCCUUCCAUCAGCCUUAGCCCAGGUAGCUUGGAGAAAAGCGUGGUGACUGUAGCUGCUCUACCUGCUAGAAGAUCCCCUGUCUGUGACAGCCCUAAAAACCUAAGCACAACUCCGUCAACGAUCUCCUCCACCGCUGCUUCGCCUUCACACCAACUGAUUCAACCUCAACAGCUGCAGCAACAGUUACAACAGCAGCAGUUACAACAACAGCAGCAGUUACAGCAACAGUUGCAACAACAGCAGUUACAACAGCAACAAUUACAACAACAGCAGCAACAACAACAGCUUGGAGGUUUGGACGAAGUUGAUGGGAGCGACUCUGGCUCCGAAGACAAUGAUGAGAUCCUUGAUUAUUCCAACAAAGACAACCCGGACUCACCGUCGGACCCAGACAAAAAGAACAAACAGCACAUGAGAAAAUCCUCCAAUCCUAUUAAGCGUCAGUGGACGCCGUCUGCCAACUUCGGCAGCACUUUCGUCGGGCCCAACGGAAAAAAGAGAGUUCUGUGCACAGCCUGUAAUAAAACUUUCUGUGAUAAAGGCGCACUCAAAAUACAUUACAGCGCCGUGCAUUUAAAAGAAAUGCACAAGUGCACAGUUGAAGGAUGCAAUAUGAUGUUCAGUUCCCGGCGAAGCAGAAAUCGCCAUAGCGCAAAUCCAAAUCCUAAACUACACAUGCCACAGAAACGUAAAGAUGAUCUUGAUCAAUCAGACGAGAUGGAUCUCUCGUCUAACAACGGCAGCGAGAGGCUUACCCCUGUUGUUUCUACCCCAGCCCUGGUGGUCCCUAACACAACACCCAUACUCACAAACCCAGCCCAAAUCAUACCCAUCAUGGAGUCCCCACGCAUCCCGAGACCAGAGUCCAACUUCUUCAUAGAAAUGUCCGCACAAUUUCCGUUCAUGACUCCACCAGAAAAACGCAUCAAGCUUGAAGACGAUCUGCCGACAGACUUAAGUAAAGUCAGCAGGGCGCUAACUCCUGACGAUGAACCAUGCGACCUCAGCAAAAAAUACGACGGCGAACUGAAAUUAGAAAUAGAUCUGGACGCAGCUAGUGACGAGCGCGAAGAUCUCAAAAAUGACGACGAAGUAGAUUCCGAAGGUUCUGGUGCCCGCAACGAUAUUAACUUAAGAGGAGGAAAGCGAAGGAAAAAUGCAAUCCCAACUCGCUGUGCACAAAACGCGGAACAACAUGCAGGAAGCGACGAUAAUGACGAGAAAGAGGCCAAAUAUGGCCACCCUCCAAAAAUUAUCUACACCAUUGGGAAAGUUGUAGAUAUCAAGCAGACCAACCACAGCUCUUACAGCAAUGCUGACAGCCAAUGCAAGACAUUUGCUGACAUUAAACACCAGACCAAUGAAGACGUUUCCAUUAACUUGGAUAACAUGAUCUGUCACGACAAAAACCAGGAGGGCAACGGAGCAAAGCAUUUUCCUAAAAUUGCUUCUUUGUUGUGGUCGGGAGGCGUUAAUGCGGAGGCAUCAAAUCACCAGGACACUCUGGAAGAUGAUGAAGAAAUAAAAGGUGGCGUCAAAACUAAGUCUCCUAAAGAAGACAACGAAUUAGCGGAAGAGAAGAAAAACGACUCCGAAGAUAAUGACGAGGAUGAAGACGACGCUUCAGGCAGAGAAAGCUCGGAAGAAUAUAUGGACUCGCUUCAGGAUUAUCCCUCAGAACUUUACCUUGAUAAAGAGAACCCUUUAAAGUGUAAACUUUGCGGGAAAGUCUUCCAGAAUACUUUCACUGUGAAAAUACACUUCCAGAACGUGCAUCUGAAGCUGAUGCAUUCGUGUACAGUGGAUGGCUGUCUUGCCACUUUUCCUUCCAAAAGAAGCCGAGACCGACAUAGCGCUAAUGUUAAUCUUCACCGAAGACUGCUCUCGGGUGAUGGGGCUUCUGAGGAGGAGAUGGACGACGCCCUAAGGGGCAACAUCCUCGCCAAACUGUACGGCCGCGAUUUGGUUGGUACCUGUGCAUCUCCCGUAAGAAAAUCUGUGAAUGGAGACGGUGAACAAAACAUCGCCAACAACAACAACAAUAACAAUGAGCAGGACGCGCCGAAGAUCUCAGCUGUGCCAACCAGUGAACCGCUGAAGAUUACUAUCCAGCACGCCCUGAACGGUCAUAUCAGUAAGCCUGGCUCGGCAGGGUCAGAAGCCCUUUCAGACAGCGAGGGCAGUGAGGCCGCCGAGAAAGACAUCCACGACUUUGUAGACAAUGAGACACACAAGACCCCUUGUUCCGUGUGUGGAGAAAAAUUCAGCACCCCUCUGGUCUUGCAGGAACACGUAGCACUUUCUCACCCUGAUCUGAAUCUCAUGACCUUCGACCCGAUGGUCUUACGAAAGUCUGUAUCUCCCAGAAGAAACCGAAGCCGUCAGAAGGUUCGAAAUGGAAUGAUAACCCGUAAAUCUUCAGCGUGCUAAGGUAUUUCAUGUACCUGACAUAUGCUAAGAUGCCUUUAAAGAGUGUCUCAAAACUUAAAGGAACUUACAUAUACAUUCUAGGACACAUUUAUGAACUCUACCAUUGCUUCAGUAUUUUGAAAGAACUCACAAGCUGUUCAAUAGACGGAAAUGGAUUAUAAAAUCACUCUCAGUUCUUUGACCUUUUUUACACAUGUAAUUAUGUUACAACUCAUCUGUAUGCAUUAUAGUUGUUUAUUUAUGUUACUUAAAAAGCAAUUUUGUUAUUUAGCCUAAACUAAAUGCAUGUCCCUUUCGUUCCUAUGCAAAUGCAAUUUUCCUUUUCAGAACAGUCAAUGUUCUGAUGGCCCACAGAUCGAACAGUCAGUCAAACGUAAAAUUUAUAUUAAAAAAAAAAACAUUUGUAAAAUAUUUAUCAAUGAAUGCUAUUUUCAAAUGUAUAGAUAUGUGUCUCAGAUAUGUUUAGACUUAUGUGCACUACAAAGAUCAUCAAGAUGUUUCAAUGUAGCUUUACAGUACAGAUAAAGUCUCCGGACACAAUGUCUUUCGCCCACAACUCGAACAGCUUAAAACGUUUUUUCAAAUAUAUAUUUUUUUUUAAUAACUGAAAUACAAAGUUUAAUGCCAUCUCUCAAAUCUAGUUUCUUUCUGUGGGCCAUAAAAAACUAUUUGUUUAUUUCAAAUGCAGGGAUAAUUAUAUGUUUUGAAAAUAUGUUUAUAGUAGUAUGCAAAUUGAUUUCUAUUGACUUAUUUUGCAAACAAUUAACACAAAAGUGCUUCAUUUAUUAGCUCCCUUUCCUUGUUACAAUUUUGCCUUAGUCAAUGGGAAUUUUUUUUUCAAUACCAUAAUGUAUGCAUAUCUAAGUGACCUAUUUUACUUUUUAUUUUUUUUUUACACCUAUUUAUGUAAGUAUGUAUUAUAAUUUCAUGUACAUUACUAUUUUUAAGGCUGAUUCAAUUUUUAUAUAUCAUUUUUAUUACUGAUGUAUAUAAGAAAAAGAAUAUUAUUUCAUGAAAUUUCAAACUUUAAAAUUGUGAAAAAAAAAAUCGAUGGCAAUAACUGCAGAUCAUAAAAUUAUAAAUAAUAACCGUAGUUUCACAAAGCAAUAAUUGUUUUCAUUAAUAACUCAAACAGAAGCUCUUAUACCUAGCUAUGAAAAUUGAAUAGUUGGCAGUAUCAACGGAUGCUCAGCUGCAAUGUCCAACUUUUAGUAUUAAUUGUUAAAAGAUUAGGUGCCAAUGUUAUUUGGGGAGCUUAGUAGUGUGACAUGUAGUCUACGUAUAAGCUAAGUAUUAGUGAUGGUCGCGGAAGUGUCACCAGGUUGUCCCCCCAUUGUGUCCAGGCCCAUUUACGAAGGACAGCAUCUAAAAAAAACAAAAAAACAACAAUCAGAACUGAAUGUCUCUAAGAGCAAUGUACCUCGCCCCCUCUCUCAUUGCCUCAUAUCGUGUCUGUUGGGGCCCUAUCUCAAUACUUGAUAGAAUAGGACUAAAUGUAUCUGUUGUAUCCAAUUCUUCCAUCGUAGUUACUGAGCUAGAACAAAGUAGUGCACUACAUUUGUCUCCACAAUUUUAGAAAGUUGUUACAUUCAAAGAGCUCUGUGUGAAAAUGUGUACAUACAAAUGUGUACAAAAUCAGUGGUGUGUGAACAUAAGCUCCGAAUCUUAAUAACCUGUACAUAAUCCAAUGAAUCACUUUGAAUCACUCUGUAUCAUAACCCUCACGAUUGUAUGUAAAACGCUAUACAAACUGCUCUAAGCAUGUUUAUCUAUCAACACUUUCAAUUUAUGUUGUUCUGUAACCUCUAAACUAGUCAAAGUUUAAAAAAAAAAUGGUUAACACCUUUUCAGUAUUACAGUCAUGUGUUCUUUAUUCUGUUCCUAUGCAUGCCUUUAUAGCCUAUAUUCUACCUAGCUAGAUCUUAAUGCUGCAAGUUUUAUAUCCGAUAUUAUUUUGCCUUCCUUUAUUUUUCAGACUAUAAAAAAAAAUAUUAUUUAUAAAAUGUAUGUGUACAUAAAAAGAUCAUAUUUAUUAAUUUAUUCUUUUUUUUUUUUUGUUUGGUUGGUACUACAUUUUAUUUUGCGUGCUCAAAUUCAGUAUUAAACAAUUCUAGAACUUUUUAGUCCUUUAUGUCACAAGGAACUCAGGAAAUCAAAAUAUACCAUUUAUCUCUGGUGACUUUUUUUUUUCACGCUUAGUAUGUUGUUAGUUUGUGUGGAAGUUUAUUUGAAAUAAAUAUCUCCUUAGAAGUGUGUGUGUGUUAUUUGUUUCUCACUCUAGGCCUAUAUAUGUUCUAGAAAAAAAACAGAUGUGAUGGGUGGGUGAGGACGGGGAUAGUUUUCUGCUGAUCGGGUCAAAAUCAUUUGGUACUCUCUGUGGCCUGUGGUAAUUAUAUGUGGUCAGUGGUAAUUAUCUGUGACCAGUACUAUCACAUGUCGUCAAUACUUUUUGUUUUCUCAAUUAAUUCAAUUAACUUAUGAAAGAAGAGGUUCUCAAACUUUUGUUUCAAAUAAACACUCAGACAGGAUUAAGGAGGAUUAGCCCAAUGCAAACUUAGAAAAUACAAUGCUUGGAUUAUGCUUGUGUGUGUUUCUGUCAAAGUGUAUGCUAUGUAAAUGCGUAUGUUUAGUCAAUGUCUAUGUCAAUAUGUUUGCUGUGUGUGCCAAGAAGAAGGCUUGGUUAGGAAAAUCUCCAUCUAAUUGUCUUUUUUUUCGUCUUGAUUCUGUAGAGAUAUGUAGGUUAGUUUUUGUGUUAUUCCAAUUGUCACAACUGUGUCACAGCUGGUAGACUUUAAAGUCAGCUGGUAAUUUGAUUGCGAUUACAUUAAACCUCUUUAAUCUCAGUUGUUGUUUUUUAAAUAACAAAAUGUAGUUUCACUGAUUAGCUAAUUAUUUCUCCUGUACAUCUACAGUCCGAUCUCAAUCCUCUAGGUGUUGAGCUACUGCAGAGCGAGAUUGAAUUCCAAAUAAAACAUAGAAGUCUUAGGUCAUUUUAAAAAAACUCAGUUAACUAAAAUGACAUUAUGUUUGAGAUUCACUACGAACUUCUAUUAUCUCAUUGUUCUAGUUUUCAAGUCAGAGCUCAGUGACAUCUCGGUGAUAAUGACGUUAAAUCUUAAAGGGCCGGACGUUGCUAUAGCAAAAAGUACUGACUCAACAUGUGACUUUAAAGAGCUAUUCGUAACUGCAGAUAUAAAAGAAAUACACUUUUAAAAAAAAAUAAGAUUUGAAUAAAAUAUAAAUCUAGAUCUAAAUUCUUAUAGGUUAAAAACAAUUUUUUUUAAAUAAUAAUAUUUGAUAUGUUCCUUUUUUACUUUAUGCACAAUUUAGUUGAACCUUUUUUUUAUUAUUAUUAUUUUGGGGGAUUAAAAGAAAACACCAAAUUGUUCUUUCUCAUCUUGGAUGAUCUAAAAAAAAACGUAUCUGCUCUAGUAAGUUAAAUAAAGGGAACUAUUUCUAUUUUCAUUAUUUUCUAGCUAAAAGUGUCAUUGUUGGCUGUUAGCUACAAUUACCGCUUCAUUUUUUUUUUUUCACCAAAAUUGUUAGACUAGAUCUAUGUUUACUUUAGAUUUUUACUGAUUUUUAAACCAUAAGCAAUUCUUGUAAAUUAUAAUUUUGUUGCAAUUUUCCGUCUAUGGGUGCUAAUUUUAUGAAUAAAAUCGCCUUUUUGUACUUUAUUUACAUUCAUUUGUUUACCCUUUUAAAAAAAAUGUAUUUAUGUCUGGUGUAUGUAAAUGAAUUACGAUGAGUAUUUAAUGAUUAAUGAAUAUUUUUUAUACCCAUAUAUUUAGUUGCGUCAUUUUGCUAACAAUUGUAUUAAUUUCAUUUACAUUGUUUCAUAAAUGUGUUUCAUUUUGUUCAAACUUACAAAUAGAGCCCAAAAAAGAAAGGAUUAAAGUAACCAACUUUUUGGAGAAAGUUUUUAUGAACACAAUAGUUUCAAUGUACCACUGAACUAAACCACUGUGACUAUUGGUGGUGGUUUAGAAUGGACAAUUAUUUCCAAUUUAAAUAAGUCUUAUGCUAUUGUUUAGUUGGUCUCAAUAAAUGUUCCGACUACCAUCGACAUGCCAACCAUUCCAAAAACCUAAAGCACCAUCAAUUUAUUAUAGUAUUGAUCAAAGAGCAUUGUUGUAUUAAUACGCUAGGUAUAACUUGAUGUCACAGUCAGAGAUGUUGCUAACAGAUUAUAUUCUAUUUUGUCUACACUAGUCAGCAAAGAGACAACUAGUCCUGCAAUGUUGCCACUGAUGUGGCCGUCAUUAUCAAAACAAAACAUAUCUCAUGUUCAAUCUGUUCUCAUGCCAACUUUAAAAUCACGAGUUUGUUGCAUUGCAGUUAGUCUUCCUUAGCAUCACUUGUAUAUAAACCCUCUGAAUGGAAGAGUCUCAAUGCCCUGUCGUGUACAAACUUUGUCUGUUCUAUUAUGAUGAUAUUAUGGACGUUUUAAUUCCUACUUCCACGCCACUUUAUUUUAUCAAAGACCUUCAUCUUGGUAAAUGCACAAAUUGUUUUAAUUGCUUUAACUGGACGUUAUACAGCUCCCAAUACAUGGGGGGGGGGGACAUCACUAUCCCCUAUACCCCCGCCCCAAAAUGCAACAAAUUUGUUUCGCCAUCAAUAGAAUAUACUCCUGACUUAAUCUACACAUUUUAUUGAUGAGAAUAACAACCAAUUUUGUGUUAUGAAUAAGUUUAUUUUAUUUGUAACUUAAGUAAAUCUGAAUAGCGAUAUUCAUUCGGAAGUUUUGAAGUGUAAUAUUGGCAGGUCCGAAGUACAAUUAAUAAUAGCCUUCAUCCUUGCUCUCUAAACAAACAUUACAAUGUAUUGUAUAUGUCAUGUCUAAUUGUAUAACUACAUUUACCUGGUUCAUUCGACAACGUUGCUCGACUCCUAUCAUACAAAAUGUGUAUACAAAAUCAUGUGUAGAAAAAAAGCCUCCUUACGGAAUCAUUACCUAAAGUAUUAUUUCACCUGUGUUUUUACUUACUAUACAAUUGUGUUUUAUAAACUCCACAGAUUUUCACUUUAAAAAUAUAAUGAUUGUCCUCCACAAAUCUUUUAUGUUGACUUAUAGUAUUAUAAAGCUGAUGCAAUAGAGUAUUAUAAAGCUGAUGCAAUAUUUCAAAUGUUUAAUUUGUUUGUCUUUUUUUAUUUUUUAUUAAAUAUAUUUUUGUUUUCUUUUAUACAAAUGAAAUAUUUUCAGUUUGAAGUCAAUAGGCUAAGCCUUGCAAAAGCAUUUAGAAACCAAUGUAAUGUAUAGCCUAAAUAAAAUUGUUUAUAGCAUAAUUUCA